AUUUCGAUCAUUCUUGCCUGACUUUUGAUUAUCCUUGAUUCCUCAUCUUCACGGAAUCGCCUUCCACAAGGUGAUUUGCCACCACCCAGAUUAUUACAACGGAUUUCUCACACCCAUCAUUCCGCGAACCGAACGUAAACAUCAAAUUUCACGAAUCUCACACUCACAUUUAUUUGAUUCAUCAUGACUUCUCGACACAGCGUCGUCGCCUGCAAAGCGAUACCCUCGCGUCCCGCCACCAUUGUAGCCGUUUCCUACGACGUCAACAACCAACUGCGCAGCUCCAUCAUCGCAGGUAGUAGCAGUCGCUACGCCGCAACCAGCCCAGACCUUCCCGAUGAAGGCAUCUACAUCAUAUAUCAAACCCGUGCGCUACAAAUCGCAGCACCGCCAUGCGAUAAGAGAAAAUGCAGCACGUCACACUUAUGCCGCUGCGACACACCCCAGUUCGCCGCUAAGAGCGCGCGUCUAGGCCGUCGCGCCAGCGGAUUUAAGAAGAGAGGGAUCGCCUGGCCUGUAUGGAAACCUUGCCAGGAUUGUCUAUUUAAUUGGUUGCGAUUAUACCCGGCGGCGGAAGCGGCGAAUCGGUUGGAUAUGCAAUGUCUACAACACCCACGAACCCUGACUUGGUCUAGCGUUGACGGCAACUACGCUUUCUUUUAUGAUGCCGAGUUGGAGGAACAAGCUAUCCGCAGCACAAAAAACGGAGGUGGACGAAACGACGGCGUGGGCAGAUCGAAUGAUAGGAAGGCGUAUUGCUCACGACGGCUUUUUGAGUGGAUGAAUGGCGCUUGGACUGCGUUUGCGGAGAGUGGGUGUUGUAAGCCGGGAUCCAUUACGGCGGUUUCGGAUUAUGAGGACGAGACUGGCGGGAAUGGGAAUGGUGAUAGGCGGAAUAGCUUGGGUACAGAUUCGGAGUGGGAUGAUAUGGAUAUUCCGUGCGCACCGAGGAACACUUCUACCAACUGUGAAGGCGAUGAUUAUGAUUUCAUUGACGAUUUGAUCGAUGCCGAGUUUCCGAAAUUGCGAGAGACGAGUCCUCCGAAGGAUAGUAUUAAUUCGUCGUCGGAGACUAAGCCGUGCCCGCAGACCAAUAGCAAUUAUUUCGACGGGGAAGAGGACGAUGGGACAUCGGCGCCGGCAAUCAUACCACCCAAAAACAUGGCCGUCGGUCAAGGCCUUCACAUUUCCACACCCACCACCGCAUCCCCGAUACCUUGGACUCCAGUGUAUCCCUGUGGGAACAAGCCGUACCAACCGGUUGAAUUAGCCGGACUCAAGCGAUCGUACCUUGACCUCUUGGAGAUGGCUAAUGACGAUGUUACCCCCUCGGAAGACGCCGCGCGUGCGAAACAGAGGAAACGAGAUUCUACUUUCGUAUUUCGAACCGGGGCCGUGCAAAAUACGCGACGGCGCGGGUUAUCGCAAUUGGGACCGAUUGCGCGAAGGGUUGCGCUCGCUUAAGGGUUGAUGGGAUCAUUACGGUUGCUUAUUCUUAUGGAAUAAUUCACAGUAUUUAUACGCUUAAUCAUGGAAAUACUCAACUCACCGGAUUUCACAAAAUAUUCCGACCGCGAAAACAUUCAUUUCUGCCAUUUCUUUUGUUUGGGGGUAUUUACCGGACUACCUAUGGUGCACAAUACGUGGCGGGGUGGGACGGAGGCGUGCGGUCUUCGUUACGCGACGGCUCACGGGCUAGGUCAGGAACAUGUCGCUAUGACCACAUUAAGCUCAUGGAUGGGAUCAACCGUGGAUGGGUGAGGAGGAAAUGGAAUGAGGGAGUUAUGAACAUGACUCUCGUUAAGUGACAGUUGGGGGUUU